UUUAAUUUUGUUAGCGUCGAGUGUGGAGUGUGCUUAAACGAAUUGAUUUAUUUUAAUCUUUAUUAUUAAGUAUGUUUGUGCUGUAUAAGUGAAUUGUUUUUAUUAUAUAGACAUUUUCAGCUAUGAUUAAAGAUAGACUCAAAGAGUUACAAGCUAUCGUUGAAGAUGUGUUACCAAAUCACGUUAGCAGAAUGGAUUCCCAAAGUAACAUUAGAGGAUUCGACAACGUUGCUCUGGAUAUUCAAGACUCCGAAUACGGUUACAUGGAACAUUUCUUUGACCAGAUCGAACUAUGUCGACGAAAAAUUUCACAUAUUAAAGAACACGUAGUACUGAUGAGAAAAUUACAUGGAGAGUUACUACUUCUUGCUAGGCAAGAUGAAAAUAUGAAACGAGAUAUAGAUUUAAAAACGGAAAAUGUAAAAAAAAUGGGAAAACAAGUCAGCACUACAUUAAAAGGCUUAGAGAAACAGAUUACCCAAGAAGAAGAUGAGUCUUCUAAUGACAAUGAACAAGUGAGCGCCGCGCUGCGGAUACGAAAAACUCAACAUGCCACUACUGUACACAUGUUGGUCGAAGCUUUGGCCGAGUUCAAUGCUGAGCAAAUCGACUACAAGGAAAAAUGCGAAGAACGAAUGCAAAAAGUCGUGUCCAUCGCAAAAGCUGAAAUAUCCAAUGACCAAUUUGACGAACUAGUUAGCCAAGGCAACUACUCAGCCGUGUUUAACGGAAACAUCAUAGCUGAAACGCUUGAGGCCAGGAGAACGCUGGAGGAAGUCCAAGACAGGCACAUGGAGUUGAUAAAAUUGGAAAAGAGCAUCCAAGACCUUCGAGAUAUGUUUGUUGAAAUGGCUUUGUUAGUCGAAAAGCAAGGUGAUAUUGUUAAUAGUAUAGAACAGCAUGUUUUACGGGCUGGAGAAGCUGCAGAGAAUGCUAAGGUGGAAACUAAAAAAGCAGUAAUAUACAGCAGUAAAGCAAGAAUGAAAAAAAUCAUUUUUAUGAUGAUAAGCUUUUGUAUAAUGUUAUGUGUGGUAGCAUGGCUGUACUCGAGUUUUUUUGAUAAUGACGAUAACACUGAAACCUGAAAUUUCUACUAUUGAUUAUUUUUUUAUAUAACUGUUAAGUAAAAUGUUCUGUGAUAUUUGUACAACUAUGUAUCAGUACAAUUAUAGACUAAAAUAAAUAGGUUAAAUGUAAAUAA